GACCGCAAAAAUUGCGAAAAUUAAAAUUUCCAUUUGUUUGUUCCUCACAUUUAAAAGGUUACUUGAAGUUCUAAAACUUUAAAAAUAAGUACAAUGGCUGCUAAUAGUGUGUUGCUUGAUUUCUCUAUCGAGCCGGCUCGUAUCAUUGACGAACUAUCACGUAAAGAUAUUGUAAAAGUUAUAAAAGAAAAUAUCGAAAAAUAUUUCGGUAACCUCAAGAUGAUCUACGAUAUGCUGGUUAAUGAUGGAUAUUUGUGUAUCUUAAGUGAUAACACUGGUGUCAUCUUCAGCUUACGUUUUUAUAAUGAAGGUUUGAUUACACUUAACAUCGAAUAUUUCAAGAAGGAAAAUCAACCUCAAAAAAUCUCAUUCGAGAACUUGAGAGUCCUCGAGAUAAGCUUAAGGUUGAGUAUGCAGGCGAAGCGAUCAAAAUUCCUCCCGGCAAUAAAACGAGGCGGAAUCGACGUUUAUCUUACUAGUUCAGGUACAGCAUCACGAUGUUUUCCGUCAUCUCGUCUGCUCGAAAAUACGCUGGUUAAAGAUUUAAGUUUAUUGCACGGACAAUCACUUCCAACUUUGUCUCGUGGGCCCAUCAUCAGGUUUUUUCAGACGUCAGAUGAGCGCAUCAUCGAGUACGACAUUGACAAAGUUUUGUUCGAUAAGCACUCUGAAUUCCAAAAGAUUCAAAUCGUGCACUCGAAACAAUUGGGAAAUAUGUUGAUUCUUGAUGAGCUUCAGAAUAUCGCUGAAGCUGACCUUAUCUACACGGAAACUUUGAUGCAACGAGGAAAGGAAAAUUAUUCUGGAAAGGAAAUUUGCAUUUUAGGAGGCGGCGAUGGUGCUUUGUUAUAUGAGCUUUUGAAAGAGAAUCCGAAGCACGUCGUGAUGUUGGAAAUUGAUGAUCUUGUCAUGGAAGCAUGUAACAAGCACAUGAGCUCAAUUUGUGGUGAUGUUCUUGAAGUCCGUCAACGUGAAAAUUAUGAAAUCGUCAUCGGCGAUUGCAUGGUUUGGUUGGAGAAAUAUAUCAAAGAAGGAAAGAAGUUUGAUUAUGUCUUUGGUGAUCUCACCGACAUUCCAAUCUCUGAUACCCCAACAGGUGAAAUUUGGGAUUUUAUUCGAAAGAUUCUUGAAUCUUCCUUCAAAGUUUUGAAGCCAACGGGAAAAUUCAUGACUCAUGGGAAUGGAGCAUCAUGUCCAGAAUCGCUUGAAAUGUACGAAGAACAAUUGAAGAAAUUGAAACCUGUUGUCAAGUUCACUCGUGAUACUGCUUUUAUUCCUUCGUUCAUGGAAAAUUGGAUUUUUUAUCAAGUGGGAUUAGCCGAUCAAUGAUGGAACGAAUUUAAAACUCGUUUAUUAGCUAUUUAGUUUCUCUUCUCAUUCUCUCUAAUCUCUGGUUAUGGAAUUUUAUUGCGAAUAUUAUGAGACUUUUGGAAAAUUCCAAAAUGUUUAAGCAGAAUAAUUUUCUCGAAUAUUUAAAUAAAAAUAUUUUCAAUCAUUAAAACA